AGUUCAGUAUCACGCUCAAUGCCAUACCAUCCUGCAGCUACCGCUGGACCUACUGUUUGGCCCAUAAAGUCAGAUCUCAUUGAGAAUGCACGCCGUGAAGCCGAAGAACGAGAUCGAGAGCGGGAGAUACGUGAGCGAGAACAGCGCGAGCGCGAUCGUCAAAGAAGGGAGCGUGAAGAGCGUGAACGUAAAGAAAAAGAGGACAAACUAAAACGUGAACAACAGGAGCGUGAAAAAGAACGCGAACGGGAACGGGAACGCGAACGCAAAGAGCGCGAGCGACGUGAAAUUGAACGUCGAGAAGUUGAACGAGAACGUUUGCUACAGCAACAACGCAUUAACGAGAGCAACAAACAAGCAAUAGUUGCCUCAUCUUCAUCUACACCUCGUGAUCGGUCACCUCACCGUAUUAUUGGUGAGCUGAAUACAGAAAUAAGAAUUAAAGAAGAGCAUUCCCGAACGAAAGACGAGCAAGACAAUCUGCUUAUGCGUGCAUCAGCAGCUGUGAGUGUUGGAGAUCCACGAUAUCAUCCUUCAACGUUAGUGUCUGUCCAACCUAAUGCAGCAGUGGCUGCAGCACAUCACCAUGCAAACUUCUUAGUAUCGGGUCGACAUGGAUUACCACCACCAACAUCACAUAUUACCCGUAAUAUGAUGCCACCCUCAAUGGGUAUCAGUGGACCACUUACACAUUUUGGUCCACCUGGACCGACCCCGUGGGGCAUUGAUCCAUAUCGGGAUCCCUAUGCACCUAUUCUGCGAUACAAUCCCAUAAUGGAAGCAGCUUUCCGCCAUGAAGCAGAAGAACGUCAAAAAGCCCUAAGUAUGUACGCAGCCCAAUCGGCGGCUCAUCUGCGGAGUAAGGAGCCGAGCCCCAUACCGCCACCGUCGGUAGGUCAUUUAGGUCCUUCUGCUACACAUCUUCGAAUGCAGCCAGCGGGUGUAAAUAUUAUUGCUUCGUCAAGUGCCCCACCGUCUUCGCAAAAUCCUCAAACACAAUUGACUACAAUGGGAAUUGGAAAGGGGACACAACCAUCUACUAUGAAUUUAGCUGUACAUCAUAUUAUAAGUGAUCCUUUAAUACAUUCAUCCACUACAUCCAAAAAAGAUACUGAGCAUAGCAUGGGUAUAGCGGUCAGUUCAUCUGGAACAAAUGUAAGCCACAGUAAUGUGCCAGGAAGCAUGAUAGGUAUACCACCCGCGUCACCAGUAACGCCCAGUCGAUGAUAACCUAAUAAAUUAUAAAAGUUAUUUAAAAUAUUACUAAUUCUGAAAAUUUCAACCAAUUCCUACGCAAUUUUAAUAAAUUUUUGUAUUU